AUGGCAUUCCAGAAGCGCAACAUGGGCACUGCCAGCGCAAACCUGAUCACCAGGCAGUCGAUCAACGAUGCUGAAUUGGUGAGUGCAGUUGCUACUGCAGGCUUGCACAAAAGUAUGUGCAUACACGCCUAUCCUGACCAUCCUCUGACUGGCAUUACUGGGCCCAGGUGCACAAAACCAUCUGCUCUCCGUUUUAUUAGACCCCAGGUUAUUAAUACAAUGGUUUCGAACAGGUAUACUUCCGCUAACUUGUUUUCAGGCCUGCUUCGUUGA